AUGGCUGUUUGCAUGGGUCCUCGACCCGCUCCAGUUGUGCGCGGCAGGCGCUUCGUGGUGCCAGCCCUUCUGGUAACGCUUGGCUGCGUGUUCGCCCGACAGAGAUUGUCCCCAGCUGUCGACUCGACAUCUCAUCGAGGAGCUUUUACGGAGGCUGUCUCGUUUAGGCGGCACGGGCAUUCUGAUGCAGACCUUCCCAGAGGGCCCUGCCUCUUCUGCGGAGACUCAGCUGACGACACGAUCAGGUGGUACCAGCCACCAGCACGAGAAUACUCCCGACGGGAGCUCAUAGCAGAUCGCCUGGUGAACUUCGGAGGCGUCGCUGCAGCGAUGCUGGCCGCACCACUUCUCGUCCUCGUGUCGCGAGCAGGUGGAGAUGCAAUAGUGAGACAGGCUGGAUUACUUGUUCACGGAUGUUGUAUGAUUCUUAUGUUCAGCUGCUCCGCCCUUUUCCAUUACUGGGCCUGGGAUGGAUCCUGCCAGCGAUUUCUUUUGAUGCUAGACCACAUUGGAAUCAAUUCUAUGAUUGCUGGCUGCUAUACACCUGUUAUGAUCCAUUGCCGGUGCUAUCGUCUUCUGCUUUUCGUCUGGGCAUGUGCCAUGGUUGGCUAUGUUGGUGAAAUUAUGCUGUAUGUCGGAUGGAAGCAAAGUGUCCAACUGGAUGAGGAAGUGGAAGGUGGUGUUGACUUGAUGUUUCACCCCUUUCGCUACUUGGCGAUGGGUUGGUCCGUCGUCGGCGUUUGGAGCGAGGUCAUGAAGUAUGUCUCGAUGCGCGGCAAAGCGCUCAUGAUUGCUGGUGGCUUGAGCUUCACCUUGGGCGUGCCUUUCCACCUGAGUGCCAGCGUGGAAUUCCACCAUGCCAUGUGGCAUUUGUUUGUCUUCAUCGGCUCUGCCUUUAUGUAUUCGGUCUGCCUCCUGGAAGUUGCAGGAAGCAGGCAUGCGAAGCUUCUGGACGCAAGCACGACGCAUUUUGUGACGGGAUGA